AGAAAAAAAAUGUUUUAUAUAUUCAAAAAAGAAACACCAUGUAAUUAAAAACAGAGAGGGAUAAUAUCCAAAAAGACUUUUAACGCGCAUUCAUUCCCGCAGCUUCUAUUACUCCUCACGAGCAGGCACACAAACGAACAAGAGCCGAAGGAUUAGAGAACACACGGACAGACUUGGAUUCUGCUCCUUGGACAAGCUUUCCCACCUCGCAUACAGCUGUUUCUUUGGGGACGUUUUUUUGCUGUUUUGGCCAGAGUCUCUGUGGGUAGCUUAUUGUGGUGCUGAGCGCUCUCGUGUGCUUUCCGGUCCUAAUGGAAGCGUAAAAGAGACGUAGCCGUACGUGAAUAACAGCGCGGCUUAGACGGCGUCAGACGUACGCCGCAAACUACUAAACCAACCAGCUGCAUCAUUUUUUAAAGAAUUUACGCUGCUGUUUGUUUGUCCUGUACGCCCCCUUUUCUGUUGAGUAUCUUCACUUCUUUGCUCCUCGAUUUUUUGCGUUCCGCCGCCCGUCAGCUGUGGAAACGCAACUCCACACCCUCCUUUUUUUUUUGAAGAAGGUCGCCAUAACACAACGCCGCGAAUUGGCCUCCGCUCACAGCUGAACCACUCCAGGGUGUGCUACGAUAACGGAUUUCGGUACGUGUAAAAGACGAGUAAAUACACGCAAGGCAUGCCCCUCGAGACGUCUGCGCAGGUGCACAACGCGCACGACGUACUGCGCAGCAUCCGCCGCGUCAAGACGCAGAUGCAGUUGCAGGAGACGUACGGCGGUUUUCUCGCCUUCAUUCGCACCAGCCGACAGAAGAUGCUGGAGCGUGCGGCACGCGCCGAGGCCGCGAGGACGAGGAGUAGCCCCAAAGACCCCCUACGCACCGCUGCGUCGGCGUCACCGUCGCACGACAGCCUCGAGGCCCAAGGCGCGAUGUCGCAGCUCAAGCAGGUUUCCCUCCUCGCCGGUGCCUUUUGCCGCCGCGUGGAGUACGUACUGCGCAGCACUUACGCCUACGCAGACGUGGACGACGCCAUGCCGCACGGCCCCGCCACCGUGCGCGUGAACACCUGCAUGGCGGAGCUCGCGGCAGAGUUGCGCCUCUUCAACACUCCUGCCCUAAACCGAUUUCUCAGUGUGGCGGGAAAGGAUGAGGCGCCGACGUGGUCUGCAGCCGGCUCGUCGCCGGUGGACUGCACGCUGUCCUACGCCACGGGGGACCUCAACGACUACUGUCUCUACCGCCGCCUGCGUGCCCACGACUACCUCCAGCAGCUCCUCGCCCAGCCGCAGUGUAACACGGCGUCGAUCACGCGUGUCAUCGUAACCAUCAACGAGACGCUCUCCGCACCGGUCGACGCCUUCGAGCUGUGCGCAGGGGACGAGGCAGUGGAGACGACGUGUGUCGUGACGCCCCUGCGGGACCCGAUUUCGCAAACCGUGAUGCGUACUCCCGCGCGGGGUUCGAACUGCGUGCACCUGGAGAUGUUUGACGUGGAGAACUUUGUGAAGGCGACUCAGCAGCGGUCGCUGGGCACGGUGGACGUUGGUGGGCCCUGCCCGCUGUGCUCCCAGUUCAUCAGCCUCGCCGCGAUUCGGGUGGAUCGGCGGGCGAUGGAGGCAAUGGAGGAGUACGAGAAGUUCAAUGGCGACUCGUCCGAUACGGCGGCACGGGUGCCCCUUGACGCAGACUGCGCGCUGGAGUGGAACACGGAGCGGCGCACGGUGAGGGUGGUGCAUGGUAAGCGGUCCGCGAUGGACGCCUCGACGACGGCGCUGACGGAAGAUGGGAAUGACGCCGAUACACCGCGCAAGAGCUCCCGCAGCGAGCCGGCGGGGACGGCGACGAAGAAGCGGCGCAUUGAAAUUGGCGGCCACGUCCUGUAUGCUGAUUAAAGCCUUUUCUUUCCUCUGUUUUUUUUUUGGCUUCCUGUUGCCUUUCUCCUUCUGUUGACGGCUCAGUCGCUUCACCCUGCACGCAUGUUCUCGCCGCUGUGCGAACACUUAUGCGAAGAAA